CAAGGCCGGGAUAAUGACUAUAUUAACGAUGAAAACAUGAUACUCAAUUCAACCAGAAAUCUAAAGAUAAAUAUAAAUUAAAAGGAAACAAAUACAGACCGGUGCUAUUUAGAUAAACCUCACACGAGGCCUAUUCAUUUAAAAUUCAAAGAACAAAAAUUUUCGUGUUCCAGAAGAAAAAGCUAACGUCAAACCAUAUAUGGUUGAAUGAAUCUGCAACUAUAUAUCAAAUUGAGAAAGUGUUCUCCCUUGUGCUACUCCCUCCGUCCCAUUUUAAAUUGCCGGUUUGCCUUUUUUCUCCGUCCCAAAAUAAGUCGCCUGUUAGUUGUUUUCGUAAACUUUUAAAAAUAAAAUACCUAAACUACCACUAAAAUAAGUCACUCUUCUUCACUUUAUCUUCACAUUCAUCAUCACCCCUUCUAAAAAGUAAUGGCAAUUUCGGAAAAUCAACUUUAUUUUUUAUUUUUCUUAAAUAUGUCCAAAAAUAAAAACCGGCGAUUUAAAUUGGGACGGAAGGAGUACAACUUAACACGGAGAGGACCCACUCUAAUCGCUGGGAGUCUCACAGUGAUUCUCAACUCUUUUGAUGCUAGUGUUAGUAAACCCAGCACCACAGCAGUUGACGCAGCAGCCAAGAGGAAGAUGCACCCUGAGGUGAAACAAUUGGCAAGAAAAUCAAGUUGGCUUUCUUCUUUUGGGCCCUCUUCUUUUGGGCCCUCUUCGGGCAGCCCUUCUACUUCUAGUACUUGCACGUCAAUGUUUGAGCUCGCGAUGUUAGCAGCCAGUAAUUUUUCUACCCUCUCUCGAGGGAGCACUGGUGAAAAGGCACAUUUCAAACCAAUGUUCAGUGCUUUAUAAGUCCGACACGCACUGUGGAAAUCCUUUUCACUGCGUAUGAUCCAAACCUUUCUCGAUAGAGAUUCCGGGAACUCCAUUCUGUAUAUAUUAAUAAAAAUUGAGAUGUCAGUAUUGUAUUCUAACCAACAAAAAUUAUAGAUAGACUGUGAUGUGUACUGAUGAGUAGCAUGACGCAUAUUCAUGUUACUGUAGUCGUUUAUAUAUCUAAGAACACAACUGAUAGUCCUGCUCAAAUAAAAAAGAAUUACAAGUAGAAUAUAAAUGAGGUUUUCCUGCCAUUAUCUUAGCUAAAUUGAUUUAAACAAGGAAUUUGAAAGGAAAGCAGCAGAGACAUUUCUUAAAUGAAAAAAUCAAUUGAAGCGAAUUUUCAAAAUUUUACAGUAAAGGUUCUUAAAGUUUGGGGCUUUUUCUAUUCAGCCGGCUUUCACUUACCCGAACUUAUUGGAAGUUCAGAACUUAUCAAGACUUAUCACAGUUGUAUAUUGAUGUAAGACACUUAAAGGUGUCUGUUGAUGAUGCAAUUGCAUCAGACAGUCAAGGGUUUCACAGGACCAUAAAUCCUAGCAUAGGAAAACCAGUGUUGAUACAAGAUAUGCAAAGCAAGAUUGACAUGUUUGGUGUAUCACAAAAGGUUUCACAUACAUGAGGAUGUAAAAAAUCCUAGGUUAGAGUAUCUUUUCUUCUCGCAAUAAAGAUAUUCAGAAAAAAAAAACAUACAACAAAAUUUUUAUUUGAAGGAUAUUAUUUAGCGUCUUUUUGCAAUGGUGUCAAUUUAAAUUUAUCAAAUCUUGGUUUCUAUUGGUGUCAUGGCAUGUCUCAUUUCGAAAUGCAUAUUUUCUAGGUAUAAUAAUUAGGGGUGGGAACACGGACCAAAUUCUUUCAAAUCCGGCCCUGGCUUGUUAUAUCAACACGGGACGAGUCCUUUAAAAAUCAGAACCAAUCCUAACCCGGCUUUUUUUGAAAAGAGUCAAUUCCCCAUGUCAACCGGUCCAAACCUAGGUGGUGAAAUAAAUUAUUAUAGGAUUUGGAUCAAAUUUAGAAACAAAGAAAUGAUAUAACAUGCUUACUAAGGAUCACGUACUAAAAGUAGGGGAAGGAUAUAUCAAGUUUUUAUAACACUUAUAUAUUCAAAUUAAGUUUAAUUUGUUGUCAAAGAGUAUUACUAGUUUAACAAAAAAAGUCAAAACAGAAAAAAAUUUUUGAGACAAGGAGUAUAAAAUAAAAGUUUCAACAUUAG